AUGAUGAUGAUGAUGUUUGUGAGGAAGAAGACGGGUGCGUCCCCAACCACUUACAAAGUUCAAAAUCUUUUAGAUGCACUCCAGGUGCUCGACCUCAUGUCUAGCUUAGUCUUUGGUCGAAUUCCUCCAUCAAGUGGCUCUCUAAAUCAACUUAAUCUUCUACUUCUUGCCGAUAAUUCUCUUAUCUGGAUGGACGUCUUACGGAGAUGGCCAGAACAAGUGGUGAGAGUGCAGUCGUUAUCGAAAAAUGGUAUAGAAGCCAUCCCGGAUAGCUACGUGAAACCCAUUAUGGAUAGGCUAUCGGUGGUGGAGGAGUCGAAUGAGGUCAAUAUCCCAGUCAUUGAUCUCUCAGGCCUCAACUCAGAUGAUGCAGUGUUGCGUAAGGCCACUUUGGAGCUAAUAUCUGAUGCUGGUCGUGAGUGGGGAUUCUUCCAGGUGGUGAACCAUGGUGUUAGCCACCAGCUCAUGUCAAAGACACAUAAGGUGUGGCGAGAGUUCUUCCAGCUUACGGUAGAGGAGCAGCAGAAGUAUGCUAACUCACCAGAGACUAUGAGGGAUACAAAAGUCGUGUUGGGGUGGUGA